AUGGCUAAUGCACGAACAUUAAGGGAAUUGGUUGCUUCUGAUUUAACCCAACAACCUUUAUGCAUUACUUUUCCAAGUUUAAAUGAUAACAUCCCAUUUGAAUUAAAAUCUAGUCUAAUUCAUCUUUUACCAUAUUUUCGUGGUUUGUCAGGUGAAGAGUCGUAUAAGCAUUUGCAGGAGUUUGACAUCGUGUGCAACAGUAUGAAACCCCCGGGAAUCACAGAAGAGCAAAUAAAAAUGAGAGCAUUCCCUUUCUCCUUGAAGGACUUUGCAAAGGACUGGUUGUACUACUUACCACCAGGUAGUAUCACUACGUGGGACCAAUUGAAGAAAAAGUUCUUAGACAAGUACUUUCCUGCGUCUCGAGUUGCAAGUCUAAAAAAAGAGAUCUGUGGUAUCAAGCAGUACCCAGGGGAGUCACUGUACGACUACUGGGAGCGAUUCAAGAAGUUGUGUAUCAAGUGCCCCCAGCACCAAAUAAGUGAGCAGUUGCUCAUACAGUAUUUUUACGAGGAGUUCCUUUUCAGAGACAGGAGCAUCAUUGAUGCUGCGAGUGGAGGGGCACUGGUGAACAAAACCCCUCGGGUAGCAUGGGAGCUAAUUGAGGGAAUGGCCAAGAAUUCACAACAGUUCGGUACGAGGGAGGAUGUCCCGAUAUGCAAGGUAAAUAAGGUAGACACAUCUUCUAUCCAGCAGCAGUUGACGGAGUUAAUCUCGUUUAUUAGGCAACUGGCUGUAGGAAAUGCAUCUCAGGCCAAGGUGUGUGGAAUUUGCACUACGAUAGGCCAUUCUACAAAUAUGUGCCCGAUGAUUCAGAAAGAAAGUGCAGAACAAGUGAACAUGGCUGGUCACGCGCCCGCGCCAAGAAUGCCCUAUGACCCGUACUCAAAUACAUGUAAUCUGAGUUGGAGAGAUCACCCUAACUUCAGUUAUGGAGGCAAUAGGCAGCCCAAUUUUGCACCUAAUAGACCACAAGGGCAUCACCAGCAGUAUCAACCCCGCCCACCACCAUCUCCGCCACUAAGUUCUAGUCCAUCUUUGGAGGAGAUGAUGAAGCAAUUAAUUGCUAAUCAACAAAAAACAGAUUCUGACCUACAAAGUAUGAGAAAUCAACUGGGCCAGAUACCAGUAAUGCAAAAUCAGCUAAAUUAG